AAAAAAAAAAAAAAAAAAAAAAAAAACUGGUUUUUAAGUUGGUCUUAAGUUUAACAAAUUUCCCAAAAUCCCCUCCCUCCCCCUUCUUUCUGGCGUGAGACUGCCGUCGCCGCUAUUCUCUUCUCCCUCGAUCCGUCCCUCCAUUUCUCCCCCUUCUCCGGCAGCUUCUUCUUCUCUGGCGAAGAACCAGGAACGGCGACGGUUGACAGCAGCUUCCGGCGAGCGAGUGACGCGAGAUCCACGCUCCGUCGACGUGCAGACCACGACCCCGAACUGAUCUGCGGGCGGUUGUGGCCUCAAACCCACGCGACUCUGACGCUCAUCAACGGUUCAAGCAAGAAAAUGACUUUUUUGAAGGCUACUCGCUGUCCGUUCGGACCACCCAUAGUUUAAGGAGGUUAGAUUUGCGACUUCGAACCAAUUUGAUCACCUUUCAGCAACGUUCUCUCUUAUUUCGGUUUUAAGCUAAUUCGAUCACCAACCAACGAGGAUUUGAAUCGUUUUGAGUAAGACUCAGCAGCGUUGGACUGAUAUAGGACCUAUUCGAACACUUUUCUAGUGCCCAAGUCUGCUUUGUGUCAAAUGCUUUCAUCAAAUGUUGAACGCAACUUCCUUCUGCAAAACUGCCUUUCUGAAUCAAACUCUAAUCUCACUUCUCGACGGGUGCAAAUCAAUAUUUGAACUCAAGAGAAUCCAUGCUCUACUUUUCACUUUAGGCAUCUCUCAAGAUGACACCAUCAAAUCCAAACUUCUCUCCUUCUCUGCACUCUCCCCUGCUAGGGAUCUCGAUUACUCGUAUAAGGUGCUAUUAAAUCUUCUGAACCCUACAACCUUCAAUUGGAACACUCUCAUACGGGGGUUUUCAAAUACCAAAAACCCAAAUCCUUCAAUCACAGUCUUCAUCAAAAUGCUGCGAAAUGGGGUCUCCCCUGAUUACUUGACAUACCCUUUUUUGGUGAAGGCGACUGCCAAAUUGUUGAAUCGGGAGCUUGGGAUGGCGGUGCAUGUUCAUGUUGUUAAAUCUGGGCAUGAGAUUGACAAAUUCAUACAAAACUCAUUGAUUCACAUGUAUGCCUCUUGUAGAGAUAUUGUAUCUGCACGCAAGGUGUUCGAUGAAAUGCCAACGAAGAAUUUGGUGUCUUGGAAUGCCAUGUUGGAUGGAUAUGCCAAAUGUGGGGAUUUGAAUAUGGCUAGGGAGGUGUUUAAUUUAAUGCCUGAUAGGGAUGUUGUUUCAUGGAGCUCUUUGAUCGAUGGGUAUGUUAAAGGUGGGGUAUAUGGGGAGGCCAUGGCCCUUUUUGAGCGCAUGCGCUUUGGUGAACUCAUGGCGAAUGAGGUGACUUUGGUGAGUGUUUUGUGUGCUUGUGCCCAUUUGGGGGCACUUGAAUAUGGGAGGAAGAUGCACCAUUAUAUAGUUGAGAAUGAGUUGCCAUUGACAAUUGUGCUGCAAACAUCUCUAGUUGACAUGUAUGCUAAAUGUGGUGCAAUACAUGAAGCUUUGACUGUCUUUCGUGCAUGUUCACCACAACAGGCUGAUGUUCUAAUAUGGAAUGCUAUAAUUGGAGGUUUGGCAACACAUGGGUUGAUUAAAGAGUCCGUGGACUUGUUUUUUGAGAUGCAAAUGGUUGGGAUUGUGCCAGAUGAGAUCACAUACUUGUGCUUGUUAAGUUGUUGUGCUCAUGGGGGAUUGGUGGAAGAGGCUUGGUAUUUCUUUGAUUGCCUUCAUAAACAUGGUAUGAUUCCAAAGGUUGAGCAUUAUGCUUGUAUGGUAGAUGCCUUAUCACGAGCUGGUCAGGUAUUAGAGGCAUAUCAAUUCUUGUGUCAAAUGCCUGUCCAAGCAACGUCUUCCAUGUUAGGUGCGCUCCUUAGUGGCUGCAUGAAACAUGGCAAACUAGACCUUGCAAAAGUAGUAGGAAGGAGGCUUGUUGAGUUAGAUCCAAAUCAUGAUGGUAGAUAUGUUGGCUUAUCGAAUAUAUAUGCUGCUGAUAAGCGUUGGGAUGAUGCCAAAAACAUUAGAGAAGCUAUGGAAAGGAGGGGAGUGAAAAAAUCUCCUGGUUUUAGUUUCAUUGAAGUAUUUGGAAUCCAUCAUCGAUUCAUAGCACAUGAUAAAACACAUAGUGAUUCCAAGCAGAUUUACAUGAUGCUGAACUUAAUUAUAGAUCAAAUGAAACCCAUUGAAGAUUAUGUAAAUCAAGGGUGUUGUUUCUAUGACAUCAUAAAUGUCUCUUGAUUCCUUAAACAUGCCAAUUAUCCAAAUGUACUCGAGAAAUCUCACGUUUAGACAUUUUUCAACUCGUAGGAUUGUGUGCUCUACUUAUUUGUGUUAUGCCUAUGAGUUUCUCACAUGCACCGUGGUGGAUAUAUUGCUUCAAGGCCUUUGUUACUAAAUUAAAGUUUUAGAAGUUGAAAUCCUUCGAGAAAAGAAAAGAGGUUUUAGAAGUUAAAAUGUAUUUUUUUGGCCUUGGGGGCUUAUUUCUAAUGGAGAAAUAAGAAAAAGCAAGGAAAUACAGAUUGUGGGCUUAAUAAAAUUGUGAAAGCAAUGCUGAAUUUUAUAGUUCCAACAAA